CCGCUGAGUUGUACUGAGUUAGCUACAAUGGCGACACUCGCCGCUUCAUCGCUGUCACCGAUGACGUUUUCGAAUACGAAUUUUCCAGAAAGAUUUUACAGAAGCUCCAUUAAAUCACCAUCUCCUUCAUCGCUCCCGUUCUAUAAAUCCAAUCUCGUUUUCUUCUCUGGCCAUCUUCACAAUCAGAAGCUAAGGAGCAAGAGAAAAGUUGUUAGAUUCUUUGCAAUGGCCGCAGCAGUCGUUAGCAGUUACAAGAAGGAUGACCUUCCUCCUUCUCUGGAUGCUACAGCGGAGCCGCCUGCUCUGUUUGAUGGAACUACGAGGUUGUACACAGCUUACAUUUGCCCGUUCGCACAGCGCACCUGGAUUGCUAGGAACUAUAAGGGGUUGCAAGACAAGAUAAAACUGGUGCCAAUUGAUCUGCAGAACAGGCCUGCCUGGUACAAGGAGAAGGUUUAUUCUGUCAAUAAGGUUCCUUCUCUGGAACAUAACAAUGAGGUUAAAGGGGAGAGCUUGGAUUUGCUCAAGUAUAUCGAUGAGAAUUUUGAGGGCCCUUCUUUGUUGCCUGAUGAUCCGGAAAAGAAGAAGUUUGCAGAGGAACUGCUGGCUUUCACUGACUCCUUCAAUGGUGCUUCCUAUCGAGACUUGCCUUCAAAGGGUGAUGUCAGUGAAGAAGUUGUUAAUGCUUUCAACAAGAUAGAAGAAUACCUUUCAAAGUUUGAUGAUGGGCCUUUUUUCCUCGGACAGUUCAGUCUGGUGGAUAUAGCAUAUGCUCCGUUUGUUGAGAGGUUUCAGCUUUUAUUUGCUGAUGUAAGGAACUAUGACAUUACCAAGGGGAGGCCCAAGCUCACACUAUGGAUUGAGGAGCUGAACAAGAUUGAUGCUUAUACUCAAACUCGAUAUGAUCCUCAAGAGUUGAUUGCUACCACCAAGAAGAGGUUUGGGGUGUCUCGUAUUUGAGCUGGGGGCCUUCUAAUAAACGAAUUUUCAUAUCUGGAAUAAGAUUUUGCUGUUAUAGUUGUGUAAUAAAUGAUUUGCUUUCAGUAUGUAUGCUGAUCGUUGAAUUGUAAUUGUUUGUCAGCAGCCCACUAGCUAUGAAAAAAAUUGAACUUUGGUUAAUGGAUUGGCGUACAAAUGUGAUGGAAAAUGCAGAUAGUUUUUCUCUUCAUUAAAA